CGCCAAUCUUAAAGCAAGCACCGCCAUUCCUGGGAUGUUCAUAUUGCUCCUCGCGGAGGCUCUCAUCGUAGCGCCUUCUGUUCUCAGAUCUCGGCACCUAAAGUUCUUUUACUUCAAGGAGACAAAGGUAAUCAGGAAAGAGAAUAUCCUGAUGCCUUUUCUGAGACCUUUUUCAGGCAUGCGAUUGCCAGGGGUUCUCAGCUUUCCUUCCUGUUUCCAUGGGUUCUCAUUGCCAUUUUUUCUGUUGAAGGACAUAGGCAGUUGGAGCAAGACCUGGAGACUGUAAUAACUGUACUGCAGCCAGGACCAUUAGGGAUCAUCGAGCACAAGUUUUCGGCUGCUGAGGUGCAAGAAGCAAAGGCCAUAGUCCAAAUCGCAGUUGAGAAUUGGCGAAGGAAUUCUGCACAUGAAAGAAAUGGCUACGUUUGGCAGCAGUCCAAAAGUGCAACAUCACAGGAGUGACAAAUCUACUUGCUACUGGAUUUGCAAGAACAAAGGGACCUGGUUCUUCAAAUGCUACUGACCCAUGUGGAUGUUCUUGCUUUGUAAACACUCCCUAUCCUAUCUUUGAAUGUCAAGUUUUUGGACUCCUUUGAGAGAGAAGCGCUCAUGUGUCACAAAAUAUAAUCGAAUCGAUCAGUCUAUAGAAAGAUUAUAUCUCCAAUUAAGUGGCAUUUUGUUAAUUAUGAGAAUUUGUUUUAUACAUAAUGUUCAUAUUUUACCA